UUUAUGUUCGUCGUUUCAAUUAAAAAAAAAAAUAAAAAUUUUUAAUAUUUUUUCAACCAAAAGUCAAACCACUUUUUGAAUGUUUUUUAUUUUUUUUUAAUAUAUUCACCCCCUAAACAAUAAACUAAAUUGUUUGAAUUAAAUAAAAUAAAUAUUCAAAUGUGCGCACUAAAAUAAAACCAAGCAAUUAAAAAAAAAAAGGAAAAAAACUUAACACCGAAUCAACAACAGCUCGCCCAUAAAAAAAAAGCAAAAAGGAAACCCGCCGAUGUACAUAUUUUUAUUGACUUAAAAAAAAAAAAAAAAACACCACAGAAAAAAAGAAGAAGAAACGAACAAAAAAUUUUUAUAUCUACUGCUGCUUCCAAGAGAGAUAAACAUUAAAAACGAAUCGAACGAAAUUCCAUUCAUUUCAUUACUCACACGCACGCCGCGGCGCAACGCAAGUAUUAAAAAGAAUAAACUAAAAAAAUUUUCAUUUUACUUACUUUUGCAGAAGCUAAAGAAUGAUUAAUUCAGGUCUACAUCGAUCCCCGCAACCGUCGCCAGACCCAGACAUCGACGAUGGCAGCUCCAAACGACAGGCGACACGAGUCUUCAAAAAGAGCUCAUCCAAUGGCAAAAUAACAGUGUAUUUGGGUAAGCGGGAUUUUGUGGAUCAUGUUUCCCAUGUGGAUCCUAUCGACGGAGUGGUUCUAAUCGAACCCGAUUAUGUUAAAGACCGCAAAGUAUUUGGUCAAGUAUUGGCGGCAUUUAGAUAUGGCCGCGAAGAUUUGGACGUCCUUGGACUGACAUUCCGCAAAGACUUGUAUUUGGCAAGUGAACAGAUAUUUCCAAUAAUGGAAUCUGAACGACCAUUGACCCGGUUGCAGGAGAGACUCAUAAAGAAAUUGGGUCCAAAUGCAUAUCCAUUUUAUUUCGAAGUUCCUCCAUAUUGCCCAGCAUCGGUUUCGUUGCAACCGGCUCCGGGUGAUACUGGAAAACCCUGCGGAGUGGACUAUGAGUUGAAAGCAUUUGUGGGUGAAAAUGUUGAUGAUAAACCACACAAGAGGAAUUCAGUCCGCUUGGCAAUACGAAAGAUUAUGUAUGCACCGUCGAAAUUAGGCGAACAGCCAUCGAUUGAGGUUAGCAAAGAGUUCAUGUUGAAACCUAAUAAAAUCCACCUGGAAGCUAGUUUGGACAAAGAAUUGUACCAUCAUGGCGAGUCGAUUUGUGUGAAUGUUCAUAUUGCUAAUAAUUCCAAUCGCACUGUUAAGAAGAUUAAGAUUCUUGUUCGUCAGUUUGCUGAUAUCUGUCUUUUCUCCACGGCGCAAUACAAGUGUGUGGUGGCAGAGACCGAAUCGGAGGAUGGUGUGCAAGUGCAACCUGGUUUUACGUUGUCUAAAGUCUUCGAAUUGACUCCGCUUUUGGCCAAUAAUAAAGACAAAUGGGGUUUGGCUUUGGAUGGUCAGUUAAAACAUGAAGAUACAAAUUUAGCCUCGAGCACAAUAAUUGCAGAUCCAACACAACGCGAGAGUCUGGGCAUUAUUGUCCAUUAUAAAGUGAAGGUGAAACUUUUUAUAAGUGGUCCGAUAUUGGGUGGCGAUUUAGUUGCCGAACUGCCAUUUAUUUUGAUGCAUCCAAAGCCAGAGGAUGAUACGGAUCCGAUUAUUUCGGAAAGAUCACCAAGACGCAGCUUACAGCCGGGUAAUGCACCUCUGACGGCAGAAAAUGCUGCCGAAGUUCCAACUACCAAUCUUAUUCAACUUGAUGGAGAUGAUAAUGGACAAGAUGAUGAUAUUAUCUUUGAGGAUUUUGCAAGGUUGAGGUUAAAAGGUGCCGAAACGGAAGCCUAGUUGACUUGACCAUAAACCAACUAAAAGAAAAAACAUUUGCAUUGAAGGAGAUAGAAAAAAGGCGCAAAGAAGAAAGAAGUAUAUUUAUGUCAGGAUUCAUAGAAGAAUUUUGUAUUUGUAGCGAUAGAUAUAUACAUAUAAUAUGUAAAUGCAUAUAUAUAUGUGUUUCAUUUAUUAUUUAAAAACAAAAACAAAAAAAAAAAAAAAAAACAAAGUCUCCAGUUCACUUUAUUAUAUAUUAUUAUUAUAUCAUUAUUGUUUUUUUUUUUUAUAUAUUCUUAUAAAAUUAUUAUUAUUAUUGUCGGCUUAAUGUAAUAGUCCCUUUUAGUGAUUAAUAACUGGUUUUUAAUGAUGAUUAAGAUAAAAAUGAUCAACAUUAACUUAUUGUGAAAUGUGUCUCUGUUAUAAUUAGGCUGGACGACACGAACUAAACUAUGACGACGAACGACGAUGCAAUUCUACUACGACGAAGAAGAACAAAGUUUUUUUUAUCGCAUUUAUGAAAAUAACAACAAAUAACUACCAACAAACAAGAACAUCCCAACAAUUACAAAAACAAAACAACCAACAACAACAAACAAAAGAAAAUAUAAAAAAAUAACAAACCUUUUUCUCUUUUCUGUGCACCAUUCGUUAUCCCCAACAAAAAAAAAAAAAAUAAAA